ACACUUGUCUCCUCUCGACAAUUUUCUAGAACACUUUUAGUUUCUUUCCAUCAGAGCGAUGACGGAGAGAGUUUGAACAUUAUGAUGUUUGACGUCCGUUAUAUACCUGGGACUUCUGCAGCUAAACCGUAUUGUCUUUCCACAUUAUCCAGAAACAUCAAUAUCAUGUAUUUCCCUAGAGACGUUCAGCCUGCCGCCAGUCCUGAAUGGUGCAGCAAUUGGGACAAGAUAUUUCACCCUCACAAGAAUUGCCCCAAACCAACAUCUACCACAGCAUACUCUUCUGCUCCAUCAGCUUCAACAACACCCGCCUACGAUCCCCGUCCGGAUCAUGGUCCUGAUCCAAUCACUAUGGUCAUAAUAUUCGUGGGUGCAUUUAUUGGCCUUGCAGCAAUCAUUGCCGUCAUAUCUUCUAUCGCGAAGGCUAGCAUACAAAAGAGGCGACUUCGAGAGCAGGCUCGUAAUUCCCACAGAGUCCGUUCACAGCCCCAACCAACUCUCAAAUCAAAGUUAUCCAGCUGGUGGAAUAGACAGAAAUCUGGACGACGAUCGAGAUCUCGAGAUGUUGAAAUGGGCAGAUUCAAAAGAGGUCUCAGCCGCGUCCGGUCCAUCGCAAAAUCGAACCCAGAACUCAGCAACGUACCUCCUGUCGGCGUACAACCACCAGCUUCAGACCCCAACACACCUCAACGGCUACGCAGAUCUGGCGAGGCUGUCGUUAGGUCACAAGGAGUUGAAGUGGAACCAAGACGCAAUCCUCCUCAAUACGAGAAUACACCAAUAUCGGAUCAAUUCAUGUCAGCCGCGGAAAGGGGAGUUGAGGAGACGGUAGCGACGCCUCCGCCGACUUAUAAUCAGAGAGCGGGAGAUCGUUAUUUUUGGGAAGAUGAUGGAACGCCCGCACCGGGGUACACGCCAUUUUUACGUCGGGAAGCAAGGCCGAGAGAUUGAGAGGUCAGAGUGUUCGGAAGUGAGGCGAGCUGUGCGGUAGAAGAUGACUGCGGAG